UCAUGUCACUGUCAGACUUGUCAUUUUUAGUGUGUUGUUGGAUUUUUGCUUACGAGAUGUUAUAAUUUCAUAAAAGGUUGCAUUAUAAUAUUAUGAAACAAGAAGACAUUACGUUUUACAACACCGCAAUUUAAUGCGUCAGUUAUAACUCAACUGUAACAUCGAGUAUACAUACACUACUCAUGCAACUGAGUGUCCAAAGUCUUAUCACAUAAUUACUGUCAGUAAUUUUUGUAAAAUUAAGCUGUUCAGUGUAAAUAUUAGUCAAAACGGCGGGACGAAACAGUAUGCGGCGAGCCCGGGAUGGGUACCAAUAUCAACCUGUGCCAAGAGUGGCUACAGAAGAUGCCCUGGAGUAUGACAAUGAACGUAUGGCAGAAGAGCUCAGUGGAAAAAUAUCUUCAUUAAAGAACAUUUCUAUUGAGUUGGGCAAUGAAGUUCGGUAUCAGGAAAAACUACUGCGUGGUUUGGACGAUGAUGCAGACAGAAGUUCAGGCUUCCUCGGCAAGACUAUGGGCAGAGUUCUGAAAUUGGGCAAAGGAAAUCAUAACUACUAUAUCUUCUAUUUGUUUCUCUUUGCUAUAUUUGUAUUCUUUUUACUGUAUAUUGUUCUAAAAUUCAGGUGAUCUGACAAUAAUUUUAUAUUACCCAUAACAAUUCAUUCCUGUGUAUUUAUGUAAAACAUUAUUCCCUUGUAAAUAAAGAUCCUGACAAAAU